GCAAGAACGCGUAGGACUUGCUUAGUUCUAUGCAAACGAGAACUAAGAACAGCUUAGAACCGUCCCUGUAAUAUAAUUUCAUUGCUUGGAUGUAAAGUCCGUAAGGCUUACUGUUGCUUACUGCAUUAUGGCCAGAGAAGCAAUUUUAUUUUAAAAGUAUUGUUUGAUAAUUCUAGUUCUUUAUGGAAUGUUUAUUCAGAUGUCUCGUAAAUAUGGUCUAUAGUAAAGUCCACGAGUGCUUAAAAUUGUUAUUGUAAGAUUAACUAAAUGGUCGAGCCCAAAUUUGUCUAAUACGAAUGAGAGCAAAGUGUCAUAAUUUCAAACCUAACGAAAUAAAAAAAAACAGAAACAAGACUAAAGACAAGUGCAGAUUUGUGCUGUGAUUUACUUAAAUUGUGGACACACCAUAAUCUCGUUAAAUGUGUUAAUAAGUUUCUUUGUGUCGUGGUUAAAUCAUGAUGCAAUACGGAAAUAUCGUGUGCGUAAUUUUAUUUACAUUAGCAGCAUAUAGUGAACCAAGAUGUCCACCGACACUGUCGCAGACGUUCGUAAGAUGGUCAGGAAUGACUCCUGAUAAGGCUACUCCGGUGUUCGUCUAUUCGGCCAGCGGAGAUGAGGAAUCUUUAACGGGCGCCUGCUUAGCGCGCUGUAGAGAACUCGAAGAUUGCGCGGCGGUGAUUGUGGCAUUCACGAAGGGAAACUGCCAAGGAAUUGCUAUAUCACAUUCAAGACAAUUCUAUGCGGACAACGACGUCGCCUACUUUAAUAAAAUAUGUUUGAAAUCAUCACAUAAUUGUGAUAACAGUUGGUGGUUUCUCGAGAGCACACCAGGCUACUAUCUGAACUCAGAAGGACCAAAUGUAAAAAUUAUUACGAAUACAACCAUUCAAGAAUGCUACAAUGACAUCUUCUCUACGAAUGAGAAACAUUAUCGAUCAGCGCAAUGGAUAUAUUCAGACAGUACCUCAGAGGCGUUCGCUCUAUUAGACUCAGUGAUAGGAAACUGUAUCUUAAAUGGUGAGAAUAAAUUCACUGAACCCGAGUCGUACAGGGUGUCGAACUAUAACACAGUCUACAUAGAAAACCAAUGCGGACAUGACUAUCCCAAAAAAAUUGAUAGAUGCUCUUACGAAGAAUAUUACAAUCAAACUUUAAAACACGUGGAUUUGACCGCUAAAAAUUAUACAAAAGAUGAGUGUAAAUUCGCAUGCGAGAGUGAGAAAAGAUUUGUAUGUCGUGGUUUCACUUGGACGGCGGUUCAAUCUCGUGGUCUUUGUGAUCUUCACAGUGAAGACCUCGUCACUACAGGGUCUUGGUUGUUGCGUCGGGUGACCGGAGCAACGUACUACCGUCGGGUUAUAUGUCUCAACAUAAGCGUAGAAUGCGAAGGUUCCCACUUAGUAGUAGCAUACAGACCGCGCGGCCUGUUCCGCGGGCGCAUGUACGUGCCCGGCCGCAGCGAGCGCUGCAGCGCACGCGCUCUUACACCGACCGCGCCAGUCCGCCUCGCUCUACCUCUGCACGGCGACUGCGAUGUAAAUUUUGCCUAUGCGAUUAGUAAGGGGCCCACUGGAAUUGUGAAUAGAACAAUGGCAUACGUGAUGUUAAUGAUUCAGACCAACCCGAUCAUUCAGACAGCGGGGGACCGCUGGGUACGUGUGGGUUGCUCGCCGGGCGCUGGGGCUAGGGGAUAUGCUAAGGUUGAAGCUACCGUCGCCGUAAAGGACUCCGGACGGCCGUCAAUAGCCAGCGAGUCGAACGAAGACAUCGACAACCGGGGUGCGAGUGCUGUGUUCAGUGCCGGCGCGCCGCUUGCGAUGUACGCCGUGCGCGCGCAUGAUGGACACACGGGCGCACUGGGGCUCGGCGAGCCGCUGGAGUUGAGGAUAGAAACAACGGAUGAAUCAGAAAUUGAAGCUUAUCACUUGGUGGCAUCUUCAAGACUCGGCGAUAGCUCGGUCCUGUUGUUAGACAGCAAGGGAUGUCCAACAGGGCAGGUUGAUUUUCCGUCAUUUACGAGGUCUCGGGUAGGAGGGAUGCAACGACUUUCAGCGCAGUUCAAGGCGUUCCGUUUUCCGACCUCCCAGGUUGUACGUUUCUCUAUAAUGGUACGGUUCUGCGAUGGAAAAUGUCCUACGCGAAACUGUGGCAAAAUAGAGCAAUUGAGGAACGCAAGAGACGCUAACGACACGUACGGAGCAACAGAGGCGCAGGUUUCGGAGGAAUCGUGGGCCACCGCUGUAAGAGUGGGGUGCGGCGACGCGGAUAGGGUGCCGCUCGAGCUGCAGCUGCUGGUCGGCGCGAAACCCUUACUCUCCGACACGCUCGUUCGAGCCGAUCACCGCUCUGCGCUGCCGGAAGACCCGCGGCCAACGGAUAGUGCAAUGGUCUGUGUGCAUGAGUUGUUGCUGGUAGCGCUGAUGCUGGCGUGGCUCGCCGUGCAGGUGUUGCUGCUGUUGGGCUGCUGCGUGCUUGUUAAGAGAUAUAGAAAUUUAGCGGAAAUGAAUAUGCAGAAAGAUUACCAUUCCUUCGACAACGUGGGCUUCGAAACUGGCUCUACACAUCGACGUGUUCACUGGCCAGACCAAAACAUAGAUAUAAUACACGCCUCAUAGUUACAUUUUAGUUAUAUAUCAAAUUUGUAGUAUAGUCCAAUUUGUAUUAUAAUCUGUUUUUAAAUAUUCUUUAAUAAAUGUAUUUAUUUAUAUA